AUGCCUCCAAGAAGAAAUGAGAAAUACAGACUUCCUGUUCCACUUCCAGAAGGCACCAUUCUGGAUGAUAUGGAAGGAAAACAAUGGGUGCUGGGCAAGAUGAUUGGCUCUGGAGGAUUUGGAUUGAUAUAUUUAGGUUUCAUAUGUUACGCAGUACCCUCUACUAUCUGAAUGUUAGAACCCGGAUCCUGGGAACAUUAGCAAGUGCACAGCACUGAGGAAGGACUUUGAAGAAAUAUGUAGCUAUUUUGAGGAAGAGGCUCAUACUUCAGAAAAUAUAACAGAGCUGUGUGUUCCCAAUGUUGUCAUUGUUCCAUCAAAAGUGGUACUUGUAAAUGUAGGAUCAGCUCUUUAAUGAGAUGCCAUCAGCAAUCACUUUGUUCAGCUUUCCCCACAAAUAAACCAGAUAAAGAUGCAAGACAUGUAAUAAAAGUGGAAUAUCAGGAAAAUGGCCCAUUAUUUUCAGAACUUAAAUUUUAUCAAAGAGCUGCAAAAAAAGACUAUAUCAAAAACUGGAUAGAACUCAAACAACUUGAUUAUUUAGGAAUUCCUAUGUUUUAUGGAUCCGGUAUUACUGAAUUCAAGGGAAGAAGUUACAGAUUUAUGGUAAUGGAAAGACUAGGAAUAGAUUUACAGAAGAUCUCAGACCAGAAUGGUACUUUUAAAAAGUCAACUGUCCUGCAGCUAGGUAUCCGAAUGUUGGAUGUUCUGGAAUAUAUACAUGAAAAUGAAUAUGUUCAUGGUGAUAUAAAAGCAGCAAAUCUACUAUUAGGUUAUAGAAAUCCAGAUCGGGUUUUAAAGCAAUUACAGAUAUCAUGUCAUCUUAUCUCUAAAUACUUAUGUAUGCAUUUUCAAAAAACGAGGACAAUUCACUGUAUUAUCACCAUGCUAUUACUUAACAAAAUUAACAUCAUUCCUUCAUGUCAGGUUUAUCUUGCAGAUUAUGGACUUUGCUACAGAUAUUGUCCCAAUGGGAACCACAAACAGUAUCAAGAAAAUCCUAGAAAAGGCCAUAAUGGGACAAUAGAGUUUACCAGUGUGGAUGCCCACAAGGGAGUAGCCCUGUCCAGACGAAGUGACCUCGAAACCCUCGGCUACUGCCUGCUGCGGUGGUUAUGUGGGAGACUGCCCUGGGAGCGGAGCCUGCGGGACCCUGUGGCUGUUCAGACUGCUAAAACAAAUCUGUUGGAUGAGCUUCCUGAGUCAGUGCUUAAAUGGGCUCCUUCCGGAAGCAGUUGCUGUGAAAUAGCCCAGUAUUUGGUAUGUGCUCAUAAUUUAGCAUAUGAUGAAAAGCCAAACUAUCAAAUGCUCAAGAAAAUUCUGAACCCAGGUGGAACACCUUUAGGACCACUGGAAUUUUCCACUAAAGGAGACAGUGUGAAUGUGGAUACUCCAAACAAUCAAAAAGUUGUUUCUCAAAAGGCUGCAACAAAGCAAGUCAAUCAGAUGCAAAAUAGGUUAAUAGAAAAAAACAUCCGUGGUGAGAGAAGUGCUGAGUCCUGUUCAACCGGGAGAAAAGUGCAAACAGAGGAGCCGCUGACUAGAUUGCUUAACAGUGAAACAGCUCAGGAAAGCACAAAGAGAAGACAAAAGUACUGUGAGUCUCAAAUUCUGAAUGAAAGAAACAGUUCUCCACAAAAACCGAGCUCUAUACAGUUCCCAAAUUCACUUUACAAACCAUAUCAAGAUUUUAUCAGUCCGUAUAUACUCGACAAUUCAAGAUCUUCAUCUUGGUAUACAUAUACUUCUCCAACCGAAAUGGAGGUCAGAGACUCUACUCUCAGUGAAGAGACAGUUACUGACGUGUAUUAUUAUGGCUUUAUCGUUCUUUUUCUUUUGAUUCUAGUAGGUCUUACUUUAUACUUUCUCUGAAGAUAUCAAAUAAAAUCCUUUUGAUAAUUCUUAA